AUUUUAGCAACCCAGACGACUGUCUAUCUGCUGUUGGUGUAAAUGUGCAUAAUGAGCUCUCCGUACAGACUCAUCUAGGGUAUUUCGAGAGUCCCCAUGAGUAUGAAAGGGCCAAAUUCCAGCUAUUCUCUGUCAUGCGACUCUGUCAACAUUCUAUUACGAAUCUACUCCAUUGCGACGAUGUCCCAGAGCACGCAAUACGUUCGCCUCAGGAAUCUGAGCUCAGGAGACACAUGCGUGGACAACAGAACACACUCUAGCAGUCAGCAAUCUACAACCGGCCACCGGACACACCGGCAUUACACGAUCCCUCGGCCAGCCAUAACAAGAAUCGUCUUCUUCGUCUCUGUACUAUUAAACUUCUUUUUGAUGGGAAAAGUCUUCCUCUCAAAUACCGCACGAAACCGAAUCUUGACUUACUCCCCAGCCUUACCUGCUGUUCACUAUGAACAGGUCGUGUUUUCAAGCGGUUUCGGGAUUGAACAAUCCCCGUUCCAAGGCGAACCGUCGGAAGAAAACAACAAACUCUGGGCUGGACUUUAUGAUUUCGGCAUCACGAGAAUAAGCGCAGACGAAGCGCGGCCAAUGGACAACAAAACUCUCCCUAUCCCGGGUCCGCAGGGAGGAUACGUUGUCCAACUAUCCGUCUUCCAUCAACUUCACUGCUUGAACAUGAUCAGGAAAGGCAUAUAUGGUGCUGUUGACAUGACGAACGAAGAUGAUCUGCUGGGUAUAGAGCAUCUUGAUCACUGUCUCGAUAUGCUCCGGCAGAGUAUAAUGUGCACCAGCGACAUAACCCCUACAACGUUUGCACGUACCUCUCCUCAUAGUAGUAUGAAGGUUGUCGCCGAGGUUGUGCACACUUGUCGUAAUUUCGCCAAUAUUCAGCAAUGGGCAUGGAAUAGACGACUUUCGACGGAGCUAGAUAAGGAUACGUUGGUCACGGACGAUCCCCUAGGCUGGGGAACUUACACAUACUCGCCUUGAGCGGUGCUUACAGUGGGCUUAUACAAGAUGUAAAAAACGACUUAUGUCGAUAUCAGGCCUUCCCAUUUAACUUGCAUCACGUAGAUCAGGGAGAGCUACGUAUGUUAGUGCGUGAGCACGCGCGAGGAGCUAUCUCACAAGUAACGGAGGAUGAAGUAGUGGAGAAAAGGUCAUGUUUUAUUUAUGUCACGUAGUAAUUAAGCCAGCCCUUAUUUGCCUACAUACCGCACAGCAUAAUGUAGGCGUCUACGUUUUAC